AUGGGUAGUCCAUCAGCAAAGACUUACUUGGGAUGGUGGGGUAGCAUCGGUGGUCCCAAGCAAAAGGGUGUCACCUCUUACGCCGUUUCUCCAUACGCUCAAAAACCCUUGAAUGGAAUCUACUACAACGCUGUUUUCAACACUUUCAGAAGAGUCAAGGCGCAGGUUUUGUAUUUGGCAAUUCCAGCUGGUUUGUACUGGAUGUGGUGGGUCAACUGCAGGGACUACAACGAGUAUCUGUACACCAAGGCUGGUAAGAAAGAGCUCGACAGAGUCAACGUUUAG